AUGGCGCACCAACUCGCCAUAGCAAAAGCUUCUUUCGGAGCAGGCCUCCGCAAACCUGAUCCUACUUCAAUAUCGCAAGAAGAGAUCGCCCAUUUCCACACAUUGCUUGAUGCAGUUCUCAAGCAAUGCUCGCCGUCGAAUGUUCAGAACUGCAAGGCAUGGCUUUUGAAGAACACCAUACCAUCUCCGGCAAGGAUUACAGCGCUGGGGAAAUAUUUGGUCACUUUAUCCACGUCCUUCGUGGACGUAGCAGUCGGCGAGGAGGGCAAAGCUCGAGGGACGACAGCCAGGCGGAGACGUCUACACGUCCUCUACCUUCUGAAUGACCUGUUGCACGACACGAAGUUCCACAGCGACACGCCCACAGCGCAUAUCACCUUCACGACCAAUCUCCAGCGAUACGUCAACGAUCUGGUGAAGUUGGCGGCAUCAUACGAUCAGGUCAAGAAUCGAAAGUGUCAUGCGAGAAUUGUCGAGCUACUCGAUGUCUGGGAGGACAGUGUUUAUUUCCCGAAGGAGAUCAUAAAGGCAUUGCGCCAGGACAUCGAAGAUGCUAGCACAUCAAUCGACGGCGAGUCGACGCCGACGAAGGAUGCAACCGGCGUUGAAGGAGAACGCAAUGGGACCAACACGCGGGACGCGCCGUAUAUCAUGCCGGCGACGCACGGAGACCCGUCUACUCCCUACUACGACUUACCCGCAGGCAAUAUGAUCCACCUCAUAAGACCAAACUCGCCCUCCCCGAUCGAUAUUAGACAGAUGAAAGCGCUUCAGCUGCCAAUCGGACCCGUACACAAGAGCCUAGUGAAUGCCGUGCAAGAGUUUCUGAAGGAUGUUGAUCGGAUCUAUGAUCCAGCGCACCACGACGACGAAGGCAUCGUAGCAGACAUCGACGAGAUGGGGCAGACUAUGGUUCGGGAUGAGGCGGGCGACCUCGUGCCCAGUGAGGCAUACUACGGCUGGUCGUUGGCCUUCUGCCAGCAGAUGAAGAAGAGGAGGCUGGAAGGGCCGCCCAAGAAUAACGGAGACCGGGGCCGCGGUAGAUCAAGAAGUCGGUUCGAGGAGCGGUCACCGCAACGAAGGCUCUCGAUCUCGUUCGUCUCCGCGGCGAGAUUCCCGCUCAGGGUCACGCUCGAGGAGAUAUCGCAGUCCACCCCUGCGUAG